AUGACCAUCCUUAUCCCUCGCCACAACAUGUCUCUUCACCCCAAUAAGCAUAUCAGACGAAAUGCGACCGCUGUUAUGGCCGGUGCCUUUGAUCCCCGGCCUCCCAGAGAUGUCCUCACAAGCCUGCUCAAUGGCGUUGGUCCGUACAAGGAAGUAGAGAGAGACGAGGAGGCGCGCCAGAAGAGGAAGCUUGAGAAGAAGGAGCAGAAGCGGGAGGAAAAGAGGAAAUUGAAGGCUGCUGCGCGUCAGCGUCAGAAAGAGCUGGCGGAGGAGCAUAGUCGCGCGACUGCAGAGGGCAAUUAUCCCAGCACCAGUGCGUUGAAUCCACCCCCUGCUGCAGCCAGUAACACCGUCGCGUCCUUCUGGAGAGCACGGCCUACAAUCUUCAUACCUGGCGUUCAACGGUCGGUCUCGGUCACACCUUCCCCUACCUUAUCCCCGCGUCGAUUAGCUUCGACUCCUGCUUCUACACCCGGUCCCUCCAUCUCAUCAAGCACAUCCCGCACCUCGUCGAAACGGCCGCAUACACCACAUGAUGACGAUGAGGAGACAGCAGUUGAGUUGCAGUCGACCACUUUAUCGGCGCCACCGCGUCCGCGUAAGAAACGGGCGGCAGCGAAGAAAGGUUGGAAGGGCUGGGUAGAAGGCUCGCCUCCACCCUCCGAUAAACUCAUCAAUCUGGAUGCUGUGCCUCUUCUGCAGGAACGACGCACGAGGAGCGGGAAAAAUUUCGAUGGCAUCGGUGUUGGCAAUCAGCAUUGGCUGUAG